AUGUCGUCCGCUCAGCAGAACCCUCCCUCCACCCCGACCAACCCCAAGGUCUUCAGCCAGUUCAACAAGAACCCCGCGAGCCCUACCGACGCGAUGGUGUCGCCUUGCACGAAGCAGCUCGGCGGCUCGUCGAAUCUGAGCAAGCGUGCUGUGAUGGCUGCUGGCCGCAAGAACCUCAAGUCUGAGUUUUCGGCGAUGGACAAGGAGAACUCGCAGUAA